GAGAGAGAGAGUGAGAGAGAGAGGCAGCAGCGCAGAUGAGCCCCAAUCAACAGCAGCCGGGUCCUCUUUCAAACACACAUUGCACAGCUCCACAUCCCACACACACAAAUGCCAGCACACUCAUACACAUGCAAUCCAAUAACGGGAGCACCAUCAGUCCGAGCUGCCUGCCGCCGCCGGUGGCAGCCCUCACCGCUUCUCCGAGACACAAAGCCGGGAGCCCGCUGGGAGAGGAGCUCCUGCUGUCUUUAUAGCACGGAGGAGAGGGAGAGCGCAGAGCCUGGGACUUCAUUUGGUAGGCGGUGUAGGUAGAUAAUUCAGCAGCAGUGCAGGGGGUGGGAGAGAAGAGACUGAGAGGAGGGAAGGUAAGUGAAUGCAGUCCAGUCCAGCUGCUGCUGCUGCCGCUGCCUGUGGAGAAGAAAGAAGAGGAGGAGGAGGAGGAGGAAGAAUAGGAGGUUCAGUGUCUGGAGAGGCUUGAGGAGCAACAUUAUCCUGCAUAGAUCCAGCCAACAACAGACGGCCAGCAGUGAUCAGAGGACCUCCAGGCUUGCAGAUGUGGAAGGAAGAGCGCUGUGCAAGUUCUUGUCCUGGAGCCAGGCUAGCUGUUUCCCACCAGUCUUUAUGCUAAGGUGUCUGGCCCAGUGAUUCAACCCCAGACAGGAGCAGGAGGAAGCGGUAGAAAGGAGGGCCAUGGGGGUGAAGUUGGCCCAGGACGUCAGCUGGCUCCUGCCUUUCCUGUUCUUGCUACUGAUGAUCACAGUGUCACCCAUCCAGGGUCAAGCAUGUCCCCAGCGUUGUGAGUGUAUUUCAAAACUCAAGACUGUGUCCUGUUAUGGUAAACGUCUGUCCGCUCUGCCAGAUGGCAUCCCACUGGACACCAAGAUCCUGGACCUAAGUGGGAAUAAACUUCGCUGGGUAGAGCAUGGUGACCUGCUUCCCUAUCAACGUCUUGAAAAGCUGGAUCUGAGUGAGAACAUGAUCAGUGUCCUGGAACCAAAUGCUUUUUCUAGUCUCCAGAACUUACAGUCACUUUCACUUAAGGGUAACCAAUUGAAACUGGUCCCAAUGGGGGCUUUCUCACGUCUCUCCAACCUAACUUCACUGGACCUCAGUGGGAAUAAGAUUGUGAUUCUGCUGGACUUUACUUUCCAAGACCUGAAAAGUCUAAAAAACCUGGAAGUUGGAGACAAUGAUUUGGUUUAUAUUUCAAAUAAGGCCUUUCUGGGUCUCGUGGGGCUGAGGGAGCUGACCAUUGAGAGGUGCAACUUGACCUCUGUGUCCAGCCAGUCUUUGUCUUACCUGCAUAAUCUGGUGACUCUGAGGCUUCGCUACCUCAGUAUCUCCGCCUUAGAGGACCAGAACUUCCGUAAGCUGGGAAACCUGAGGGGCCUCGAGAUUGAUCACUGGCCCUUUUUAGAGUAUAUUUCACCUCACAGCCUGCAGGGUCUGAACUUAUCUUGGCUGUCUAUUACACACACCAACAUCACCACUGUGCCCACCUCUGCCCUACGCAGUCUGGCUCACCUCACCAGCCUCAACCUCUCCUACAACCCUAUCUCUGUGUUGGAGUCCUGGGCUCUGCGGGACCUCAUUAGGCUGAAGGACCUGCAUCUGGUCAACACAAACCUGAUGGUAGUGCAGCCAUAUGCGCUGGGUGGUCUAAGGCAAAUCCGCCUUCUUAACCUCUCCACUAACGGCCUAGUGACGCUGGAAGAGGGGGCCUUUCAGUCUGUCAACACCCUAGAGACACUGCGUUUGGAUGGAAACCCUCUGGCCUGCGACUGCCGCUUGCUUUGGAUCCUUCAGCGUAGGAAGACCCUCAAUUUUGACGGUGCUUCCCCAAUGUGUGUGACUCCUGUCGAGGUACAGGGACGGGCCCUUAACGCUUUCUCUGAUUCGGCUCUCUUUGAUCACUUUACUUGCCAGAAGCCCAAAAUCCGCAAUAGGAAACUGCAGCAGAUAACUGCCCGUGAGGGGCAGGUCGUGUCUUUCAUUUGCAGAGCAGAAGGUGAGCCAACACCAGUCAUAUUCUGGAUCUCUCCUCAACGCCGCCGCAUCACCACAAAGAGCAGCGGUCGCCUAACUGUGUUACCAGAAGGCACAUUAGAGAUUCGGUACGCCCAGGUAACAGAUAGUGGAACCUACAUUUGCAUAGCCAGCAAUGCUGGUGGAAAUGACACCUACUUUGCCACACUUACAGUCAGUGGGCUGCCACUAGAUGCAGCCCUUAUGGCCAAUCGCACUUACUAUGCUGGGGACCUUAAUGACACAAAUCUGAAUGACACCAGAGUCUUCUUGAAGUUUACUCUGGACCUCAAGACCAUACUCAUAUCCACAGCUAUGGGCUGUAUCAUGUUCCUGGGGGUAGUCCUCUUCUGUUUCAUCCUGCUGUUUGUGUGGAGUCGAGGAAGAGGGCAGCACAAGAACAAUUUCUCAGUGGAAUAUUCCUUCAGAAAAGUGGAUGGACCCGCUGCCAGUGGAGGACAGGGUGGGGCACGCAAGUUCAACAUGAAAAUGAUUUGAUUAUUCGGAUCUGUUCCUCUCAUUAGUAUUAUUUCCCUAUUUCCCUGAUGGUGUUUACAAGCAGUCUCCAGCGAUUGGACAAGAUGCUGGAAUGGAUGUUAUCGCUUGGAAAACUUUAUUUAUAGGACACUUUAUUGAGACAUGGUUUUGUUAUUGAAACUACUGUACAUAUAAGAAAAAAAGGGAAAUCUGUAUGGAUUUGAUAUAUUUCUAUUGCUUUGUUGUGUGUUCAUAUUAUUGUGCAGAGGAAAGCUGGGUUAUAGUUAAAGAUGUCUCAAAAUGUUGAAUAGACUGUUAAAAGACCAAGCAACAAAAGCACUCAGAGUCCCACCAGUCUUUAACCUCUACAAAGCUCUUGCCAACUCCAUCUUCUUCCCUACCAGGAACUCUGUCCUCUUCAUCUUUAAAGGACUUCACCUCUCUGCUCCGUCUGAGGUGAUUCAAGCCCUAUAUCUCCAAACUCAUGAAUACAUUACAACAGGGUGGUGCUCAGUGAAUGCCAAGGACUUGCCAAUGUUUAUUUGAAUAGUUCCAGCUAUAUACUGCAUAUUUAGACUUAUUUACAGUCAGGACGUUAGAGCACUAUUACAAACUAAUUAUAGAGGCUCUGCUUUUUUGCUGAUGGUAGAUUUGUACAGAAUACUCUAGACACAAAGAGACUACUCUCUGCAACACUGCCAAUUUGACCGUAAAGCACCAUUUAAUGUCAAUGCAAUGCUGUGGUAGAGAGAAGUUACCUCUCAUUGGAUACCACGAAAAGUUGGUCAAAGUCAUUUUCAAACAGAAAUGGGACUCUACAGGUUAAGCUACAAUUAAAGGACCCAAUGCACAUUUGUGUGGUGACAAAUCAGUACAGAUGCACACUUGUUAGUUAAGGUUUCCAUUGUUGUCUAUUCAGUACACACUGUACAAGACUCCUACCCUCUUGGUCUGUAUGUAAAAGAGAAAUGCAUGUACAGAGUUGGCUUCCUACUUUGAAUAACGUGUAUUAUUUGUAAAUUGAACAUUUGUUGGGGUGCAGUCAUCCCAAAGUUAAAUAGAUCACACUGUAUAGGUAGGAUAUAUACUGUAUAAGAUGUAUUAUAUAUUUUGUAAUUAUUGACAUUGAAAUCCUUGUGGUUGUUUAUAGUACUGUUGAGUGAGUUUUUCUGUUCUACUGUAAUUAUACUCUUAAAGUCUCUUUUUCAAAUGAGUGAUAUCCAGUCCAGAGCUUUUACAGUUCUCACCUGAUCAUGUCAUCAGAUAGACGUUGCACUGAGACGUGCCUGUUCGCUCCCUGAGCUCACACAACAAAAUCAUGAAGGGCGUUUAAAUCAGGUUUCAGUUCACUUGCCUAUUUUUGGAUGUAAGUGACAAUGGGGAGGCUUGGCUGACCAGCAGGAGGAAGGAGUUAAGUGGCUUCUCAUCAGGACCUUGUUGUGUUCGAGACACGUAGGGAUAAAUGCUAAUGUGAUAAAGACCUUGCUGACUGAAACAAAGGUCAUAAUGAAACUGAGCCAGAGAGGAGGAGGAGGUGGAGCUGAGGUAUUAUAAGACACCUAUUAAAAGACACUGAUACUAUAUUCCAAAAGGGUGACUUAUAACAAUAUAUGCCUCAUAAAAUAGCUGUAUAACAUUUUAGAAAAGUGAUUAUGAAGGUGAUCUAUUCAGUAUUAAGAUAAUCGUUUAAUCUGGAAUUAAGAAAUUGUUAUUGUGUAAGUGUUUUACAAUGACAAAAGGGUGUUUCUGCAUUCCCUAAUGCAACAAGCUAAAAUAUUUACUCAUAUAUUGAUGAAUAGUUUCUACUACAGAGAAUGUAAUGCAAAGUUUUAGGCAGUCGCAGCAACAUAAAUGUGAAUGUGUAGGUGUUGGGCCUUGCGCAGCGUCUGUGGUAGUUUUAAUACUAGAUAAAAAACUGGGGACAUUAAGACCAGUUUCCAUCAUAAAUACAGACACAAUUUGGAGGAAGUGAAAAAAACAAGUGAACCUCUCAUACUACUCUAACCUCAAGGUUUAUCUCUUGAUCUGUGGGCUUAGCUUUGGGAACCAACACCACCCAGAUCAGAAAUCAGCUCUUCCUGUUCAGCUUCAACUUCUGCAGAUCUAACAGUGUUACAGUGGUGCCCUCUGUUGGAUAUACAUGGUAUGAAUUAUACACUAUUACUAGCAAUGUAAUGAGUAUGUAACCUCCCCAACCUUCAGACUAAGCAAUUUCCAUUUUCCCAGAGGAAAGUAUAAAGUUGAUGGAGUGCUGACCUGGAUCCAGUAGUAUUGGAGAUUAAUUCUUGAAUGAACGUAACUCACAUAGCAAACGUCUCUCCUCUUCUGCAGGUUGAAAUAAACAUCCACAUAUAUGUUGUGCAACAAAUUUUACAUGCUAGAUUUAUAACUCGCAAUGUUGAAAUAUUAAUAAUGAACUGUGAAUAUCUUACUGGACUGAUCUGACAUCAGUUAAGCUUCCUCUCUGCAUUUUAGAAAACAAUUGAUGGUAUUUUUCAUUGUCCUUUACUGAAUUCAUCAUGUAAAUAUAGAAAACCAUUGUGUCUGGAAAUUGUGCUAGACUGUUUUGUAUUGUAUUGUUUUAUAAAAAUGAAGCACACUGUUUAUAAAGCAUGCUAUAUUACCUGCUACGAUGAUGUCUUGUCCCCUGUCCCAUUUUUUUAUAGCAGUCAUCUGGUCAUUCAAUCCUCAACAGUCUGAGAAGUCAACUGAGAGUCUACAAUAAAAAUGUGACCCUGUCACUGUGAAAUUUUGUGUUGAAAUGUUUUAUUUUGAUCUGUUUUCCUAGAUAUAUUUUAAUUCAAAACAAUUCAGUUCAAUUUACUCAGACAGGUGGAUAUCCUAUUUACAUUACAUAUAAGAGAUAUACUGCUUUGAACAGUGUUUGUUAAACUUUUUACACCUUGUCCCACCUCAGAAGAUAUUCAUCUCUCUAACUCACCAUCAUGAUAGUGUAGGCUGGCCCUGUUCAGCCACAGUUAACGCAAGAUGCAGAUCAUGAUAAGAGGCCUCUCCAGCUCCAGAACUAGAGCUACUUGGGUGUAAAAGAGGUUCUCCUGAUUUGUAGUUCUUUUCCUAUAUAUUAUAUUCACGUUUGAGCCAUGAUUGUAGUAUUUUUAAACAAAAUAUGCUUGUCACAGGUUCCUCUAAUGAUACAGUAUACUGCAUAAACUGUAUGACAGGAAUUAUUGUUCAUUGUGUAUGCAUUUUUGGAAACACAAGCUAUGAGAAGUAAGGUGAUUGUAUGAGAAGAUUCGCAUUCACAUUUUGAUGCUUUCUCGCACGUUUUCUUCAUCAUGACUGUUCAGGAUGAAUCAUUUAGCUAUAAUGACUCUGUUUAUUGUAAUUAUGUUAAAUAAAUGUUUUCACAUUUAUGUGCUGCUCAUCAUUUCAGUAAUUUCUGUCAUCAUGACUACUUUCUAAGCCAAACUGGUGAUCUAAUAUGCAGCUUGCACAAUGUGGAAACUUGAAACCUACGCUGUAAAUACUGAGACUGGACUUGAUCAUGGUCCAGUAGUUUAACUUUAGAUUUAACAUUAAUUUGCAUUAUUUGUUGACGAAGAUAAAUAUAUAAUUCUUAAGAAGUAAGACAACAUUUUUAACAAGUUGUUUCCAUUCAUAAGUGUGUCUUUUAGGGUGUUCGGCCACCAUGAGACUUCAAAACAGCUUCAGUGAUGCUUGACGUCGAUCAAGAACUUUUCUGGAAAGAACAACCCUCAUUACAUUGCUGUGAUCCGG